AUGAGCAGGUUGAGAUCCGCAAUACACAAAGGAAAGAGAGCGACGCUUGAGAAUACGGAGGCCGUGAAGUCCCCAAAGAAGAAACUCAAACAAGUAGUUAAAGAAGAGUCCUCAGAAACCAGUGCCUCAGCAUACCAUUUCUUCGAAGAUCCAAAUGAGGUCUUGUCUUUUCGCACCCAGCUUCUCGGCUGGUAUGACCAGACGAAGAGAGAGCUACCCUGGAGGACUCUGGCCAUAACAGAGCCAGACGUUAAUAUCAGGACAUACGGAGUUUGGGUCUCAGAAAUUAUGCUACAACAGACUCAAGUUGCAACGGUGAUUGACUAUUACAACAAAUGGAUGAAAAAGUGGCCAACGGUGGAAAAACUUGCAACAGCAACACUGGAGGAGGUGAAUCAAAUGUGGGCAGGUCUUGGAUAUUACUCACGAGGACGGAGGCUGCAUGAAGGGGCCCAAAAGGUAGUUUCUGAGUUGGGUGGUAGAAUGCCCAGGACCACAGAGGAACUUCUGAAGCAGCUUCCAGGGGUGGGACGCUACACAGCAGGAGCCAUUGGCUCCAUAGCACUAGGGCGGGUGACAGGCGCAGUGGAUGGAAAUGUGAUUCGUGUCCUCUGUCGAGUUCGAGCCAUUGGGGCAGACAGCACAAGUCAAUCAGUGACUGAGGCGUUAUGGAGGAUAGCUGAUACUCUAGUGGAUCCUGAGAGACCAGGGGACUGCAACCAGGCAAUGAUGGAGCUUGGUGCUAGAGUAUGCACCCCUAAAAGUCCUCUUUGUAACCAGUGUCCUAUUAAGAAUAGCUGCCAUGCCUUGAGGAAGGUGAGCAUCAAACAAGAGGAGGAUUCAAAGAGACUUUUCGGUAAAUUAGACAGAAAGACCAACCGUUCUGUUCCCGACAUAGAGAACUGUAUGACAGCAGGAGGGUGUAACCUUUGCCUCCCCGAACCCUGGGACAGUCAGUUGGGGGUGCAAAACUACCCCAGGAAACCAGCCAAAAAAGCACCUCGCACGGAGCGCGCUCUGGUCUGUGUGGUGGAGCGUCAGAGUGCUGAAACGGAGAACGAAUUCCUGCUCACACAAAGACCAAACAAAGGAUUGCUCGCAGGGAUGUGGGAUUUUCCCUGUGUACUCCUGGAAGAUGAAAUUCCAGAGAGUAAACAUACAGUCGUAUUGUUUGAGGAGGUGAAAAAAAUGCUGGGAAUAUCGUUCAGUAAACUGCCCCUCACGUUUUUGGGAGAGUUGGUCCAUAACUUCUCCCAUAUUCACCAGACAUACAUUGUCUACAAAAUGUUUAUCCCAGACUGCGUAGGUGAUGGACAACAGAAGAUGCGCUGGAUCUCAAAAGCAGCAUUACAGGAAGCAGCUGUGUCCACAGCAGUAAAGAAGAUAAUGCAGCUUUAUGAGACUACAGAGAAUACAGUCAAAUCUGACAAUAAGAAUAAGAAGCAAAAGGGAAGCUUUGAUGGUGAGAAAAAUAAGCAGCAGAGAUCGAAGAAAGCUAAGGACAGUGCUCCUAACGGAGGGCCAAAACAGCUUUCUCUGAGUCAGUUCUUUACCCCCUCAAAAUAAGUGGAGAGCAAGCAGAUGAAUUCCUAACUGUCGCUGUUUUGUUUUUUUUAAUAGAAUGAGUGGAAAAUGAAAUGUAUUAUGUAUAACGGUUUACCUUUUAAUAUGUAAAUGGGGUCUCGACCAAUCUGUCCAUAUUCUUGUGCUCCACAAAACCCCGCAGUGUUUUAGCUUCCUGAAGACUGA